ACGGCUGCGGCGGUGGCGGCGGCGGAGCUGGCGCCGCCUCCCUCCACCGACCACGUCCGCCCCCGCCGCCGCGCUCGCCCGGCGCCCCAGCCCGGCCGCGGCGCCUCCCCGCUAGGUCAGCCGGCGGCCCCGCCCGCCCGCCGCCCAGAAUGAACAUCAUGGAUUUCAACGUGAAGAAGCUGGCGGCCGACGCCGGCACCUUUCUCAGUCGCGCCGUCCAGUUUACAGAAGAAAAGCUCGGCCAGGCUGAGAAGACAGAAUUGGAUGCGCACUUAGAGAACCUCCUUGGCAAAGCUGAAUGUACCAAGACAUGGACAGAAAAAAUAAUGAAACAAACUGAAGUACUGCUACAACCAAAUCCCAAUGCCAGGAUAGAAGAAUUGGUUUAUGAAAAACUGGAUAGAAAACUUCCAAGUCGUGUAAACAACCCAGAGCUUUUGGGACAGUAUAUGAUUGAUGCAGGAACUGAGUUCGGGCCAGGAACUGCUUAUGGUAAUGCCCUUAUUAAAUGUGGAGAAACACAAAAACGAAUUGGAACAGCAGACAGAGAAUUGAUUCAAACAUCAGCCUUAAAUUUUCUCACUCCUUUAAGAAACUUUAUAGAAGGAGAUUAUAAAACAAUUGCUAAAGAAAAAAAACUAUUACAAAACAAAAGACUGGAUUUGGAUGCUGCAAAAACCAGACUAAAAAAGGCAAAAACAGCAGACACUAGAGCUUCACAACUAAACUCAGCUCGACUUGAAGGAGAUAACAUUAUGGUAAAUUUCUCUUACAUGCUCAACUUCCUGCAUGUAAAAUGGCUGAAGAUUUGGGCAGAGGAAGUCACAAAAUCUGAACAGGAAUUAAGAAUAACUCAAAGUGAAUUUGAUCGUCAAGCAGAAAUCACCAGACUUCUGCUAGAAGGAAUCAGCAGUACACAUGCCCAUCACCUCCGCUGUCUGAAUGACUUUGUAGAAGCCCAGAUGACUUACUAUGCACAGUGCUACCAGUAUAUGUUAGACCUCCAGAAGCAACUGGGAAGUUUUCCAUCCAGUUAUCAUUCUAACAACAGUCAAACACCUGUGGCUCCUGUACCAUCUGCUUCAUCAAGUGUGGUUGUUUCUUCUCCCCUGACUUCAACAAGUGGCCUGGCACUCUCCUCUCCUUCCAGCAUCACUGACCUUAAGGAGUCGAGUGGCAGCAGGAAGGCCAGAGUGCUGUAUGAUUAUGAUGCUGCAAAUAGUAGUGAGUUGUCACUUCUGGCAGAUGAGGUGAUUACUGUCUUCAGUGUCGUUGGAAUGGAUUCAGACUGGCUAAUGGGGGAAAGGGGAAAUCAGAAGGGCAGGGUGCCAAUUACCUACUUAGAACUGCUCAACUAAAUAGGAGUGCUGUGGGAAGACCCCCGUCAUGACAGCGUAUUUAUAUACAAUUAACUCAAAGUAAAGCAGGUUUAUAAGUAUCUCCCAUGUUAAUGUCUUAAAAGAGACUGAAAAGAAAAUACCAGCCAUCAGAAAUUGGCAUUUCUGCCAGUAAAGUUGCAUGGUAAAUAUUUCAGUACAGAAUUUAUGUUAGAGCUUUCAUGCCAAGAAUGUUUUCUUAUCAAACUCUUUCUACUGAGGUUUCACUAAUAAGCAGCUUCUACUUUUGAGCCCCAACUUAAAGCAGAACUGUUUUCUACUGAAUUUUUCAUUAAUGGCAAGCUUUUUCUUUUAUGUAAAAUAAAUUUAUUGUGAAUUGA